AUGGCUGGUAGAAAUGAUCGUGCGAUUGCUGAUGCCCUCCAAGCGUUGGCACAAGCUGUGAGUAACAACAAUAGGGCUGAAGUCGCUCCUAACUGGUUGAAGCAAUUUCAACAAAAUAUUCCACCUGCUUUCAAAGGAGGAUAUGACCCAGAUGUUGCGAUGAAUUGGCUAAUGGAGAUCGAGAAGAUUUUCAAUGCCAUGGAGUGUCCUCUAGCUCAGAAGGUGAGGUUGGCUACUUUCAUGUUGACUGCUGAUGCCCAUUUUUGGUGGGAAGGAGCACUUCAAAGGAUGAUUGAUGGAGGAGUGCAAUUGAAUUGGGACAACUUCAAAAGGGUCUUCCUUGAGAAGUAUUUCCCGGAUGAUGUGAGGAGUCAGAAGGAAGUUGAAUUUCUCGAGCUGAAGCAAGGGAAUGAUACAGUGGCAGAGUAUGCUGCAAAAUUUGAUGCUUUGGUUCGCUAUUCGAUCAAUUAUCAAGAGAUUUAUCACUACCCGACGCUUGUCAACAAUAGUAGAAUCUACGACCGUGACAACCGUGUACGUGCUAUUUUUUACAAGGGAGCUGGAGGUCCUAUGCGUGCUGCAAGUUCUAGUGCUUCGGGUAAGAGUAAGCCUUACUCCGCUCCUGCCAAGAUUCAAGAAAAUCAUGCUAAGAGUAGAUCUGUUCCUGGAAAUUCUUUCAUAAGUGGUGCUGCUAGUGUAGGAGGCUCUGUUUCUACCCCUACUAGUUGUUGCGAGAAAUGUGGGCUACGUGGGCAUGAGCACUAUAACUGUCCUGGAUAUUUUUAUUGA